GCGGCGGGGAGGCGGAAAUCGAGGGAGCCGAAGAGAGAGCCCGGACCGGUGAGAAUAACAAUCGGCAUUAGAAUAAAAAUAAUAGAGAAGGGCGGGACGCAUGCGCAUGGCUGGCCAGCCGCCGGCUCCGGGUGAGAAGCCCGCCGCUAACGGAUGUGACCCGGGCAGGGAUCUCCGGGGGGCUCCCGACGCUGCCGGGCAAGGACAGUCCAUGGGCUCAGAGCAGAUGGAGAUGCGCAAACGGCAGACGUCGGUGCCCCAAGAGCUGCCAGGCUCUGCCCCAGACAGCCCGGAGUGGGGACCACAAACCCCCAUAUGCUGUUGCUUCUGCUGGUGCUGCUGUUGCAGCUGUUCAUGUCUUGCGGUUCAGAAUCAAGAUGAGGAACGGGCCAGGAGAGCUUCCCAAGAGGUCCAAGGAGAGGGCCUGACCAUCUGUGAAGAAAGCUUGACUCCUACUCUUGAACAAGUGAAUACCUGGGCUCAGUCAUUUGACAAUCUGAUGAUGACUCCGGCUGGAAGAAAUACGUUCCGAGAAUUCCUCCGCUCCGAAUUCAGUGAAGAGAAUAUGCAAUUCUGGAUGGCCUGUGAAGAACUGAAGCAGGAGGCCAGCAAAACCAAAGUCGAAGAGAAAGCCAAGCUAAUAUACGACAAUUACAUUUCCAGCCUUUCUCCCAGAGAGGUCAGCUUGGACUCCCGCGUAAGAGAGGUGAUCAACGAGAACAUGCAGGAACCAUCACAACACAUUUUUGACGACGCCCAACUUCAGAUUUACACCCUGAUGCACAGAGACUCGUACCCCCGAUUCAUGAACUCUGCUAUCUACAAGGACUUGCUUCGGUCCUUAUCUGAAGCAUAAGAUUUUCCCAAUGUAUUUACUGGGGGGAAAAAAACACCAAAAACCCAAACUGAACAAAACAGAACACUGUGGCGGACCACAUCUAAGUCAGAGUGUUUAGCGCUACCCGGACGUCACGUGGAAGUAAUACUCAGGCACACUGUCGUACUGGACGGCGGAUUCCAUCGGCAGCCGUGGAUCACCUCGGGUGACGUUUGAGCCAAAGAUGUGGGAAAAUGAUCAGGCGUUCUACUAAGAUAGUCAUUUUAUUUUUACAAUGCUAGCAGCAUUUUAUCAGAGGUAAGAGUGUCUUAGUGAAGGCUGCCGGUGUGUUCUGUAUGACCUUUGAAGGAUAGGGGGAUACUCUUGGACUUUCUUUUGCAUGAGUUAUGACUGUGUCUUUGCUCCUAAGCAGAACGGUUAAUUCAAUGUCUAUCUCCCUACCCUCCUCACAUCACUCUCUGUGAAAAACAGAACGGGUCGAACCCCGGCCACACCCUGGGGUUGAAAACUCACAUUUUGGAAUAGAAAUAAAUAGAAGGUCACUACUUGUGAAAAUGGUAUUUCACCUAGUUUUACGCUAUAUUAAUGUGGGGAGAAGGUGCGUUUAUAUUCACCCAUCCCCACACACUGAUAAUACAAGCAGUACACUCAUGAGAGUUAAUAUGGAUUGUUUUCAAAUUUGUGGUAAUCACUGUUUGGAGAAGCGCUGCUUGGAUGAUUCUUUUGUUGAAAAGAGGUACUAUUAUUUUACUAUUUGGGUUUAUCUACAGAAUGCAUUUUUAAGUUAACGAUGUGUUCCCCCUUUUAAAAAUGAUCUCCAACUGAACCUAUUUCCAGUUUAUUUUGGAAAGAGAAGAUGAAGUAUGGGCAUUUAUAGUCUUUAUAAAAAAAUAAAGCAAAACUUUUCUCUCAAUA